ACCACAGACAGUCAGUUGAGUUUGAACUUUCGGUGCGUACGGACGGGAUUCCGUUUGCGAGCGAGGUCGAUGCGUUGCGCGCCGUUCACUGUUAGAAUUGUUACAUUAUUCAGUGUUAUGUCUUGUUAGUUGUCCGUCCGCAGUGCUUUCGGGGCUUCAGGUCGCCAUUCUCUGUUUCGCUGUUUCGUGCGUGGGAUAAGACGACGGCAGCAGCGACUUCAACCGCCCGAAGACGGAGGAAAGGUGUUCUGUCUUGACCAUUAUUAUUAUUCUUUCUCCGCUUCGCAAGUUCGCCGAGGUGGGCUGUGUGUAUCGAGUGGUUGUGUAGAUGUGGCCGACGGAGUUCUGGUGAAUUGGCAGCAGAAGCAGUUCUCGGGGUUGUGUGUUUUCGACACAAGGAAAGAGGAGUGCAGAAAAAGCAGCAAUAGUUUUUCACUGAUUUUCGGCCGAGGCCCGAAAAACAGUUGCCUGCAGGGGGAAAACGGCAAUCUAAUUAGGUUUGGUUCUGUGCAACGUGUACCCAACAGUAGUGGUGUUCAGUGUUUUUUUUGUGUGGGGUGAUCUUUGCGAUCUUCGUGUAUGACCUGUGCGACGUGAUUGACGGAGUAUCUCAAUGAGGAUCUUAUAGCAGAGCAGCAGUUGAAAGAAGCAAAACGCAAACAUGGGGAUCAAUUUGCUACUGGGUCCAACGAUUGGAGUAUUUCUACUACUAGUGCUAUGCCCCCCACGGACCGCAUCGAUUCAAGUCGAAAAAGAGGCCUACUUCAACGGCUCGGCGUAUCUUAGGUUAAAAACGCCAAUGACCCUGUGGAGCCAUUCGGCGAUUAGUUUUAAGACCUGUAGAGGUGGAGAAAUCCUAUCCCAGCGCUAUGCCGGUCAUGCACUGCUGGUGUCGGUGCUGCCGGACUCGAUUUCGAUAGUGCUCUCCGCUCCGAGCACCCAACCAAUCGAGGCACGCGUUCUGGGUCGCUACUUGGACAAUCGGUGGCACACGCUACAGUUUGUGUACCAGUUGGGAGCGUUGUACUGCAUCAUCGACAAGCAGUCUUCGACGAUCGCCAAUCAAACCUUCAAUACUCAGCUGAUCGCCGAUCAGGAGAUCAAGAACGAAGCGGCCGUUUUGAUCUUGGGCAAACAGUACUCGGGAUGUUUGCUGCACGGUCCGGGGUUAGUGUUCAAUUCCAGCGCUAUGAAUGCUGAGGCCGUCGUGUUCGGGCCAUGUCCGUUGGCGCCGGGGCUUUGUACUGAUCAUGACAUUCUGACAGGAGUGCCACCAGAUUAUUGUUCCCAUGAUCCUUGCAUGCAACAUGGGACCUGCAUAUCUCGGUCCGAUGGAUACGAAUGUCAUUGUACGGCUAGGUUUAAAGGAAAGAACUGUGAAGUGGAUACCGGACCUCCUUGCCAGGCAUAUCCCUGCCAGCAUGGUGCUACUUGCAUAGAAGACGCCAAAGGAGACUAUAAAUGCACGUGUGCUCCUGGCUAUACUGGAACGUUCUGUGAGACGGAGCUGAGUGUCCAUCCACUGUGCGAAAAAAAUCCAUGCAUCAACAACGGCACUUGCCGAGUUCCUUCCGGAACGAACUCUUAUGAAUGUGAAUGCUUGAAAGGGUUCAUCGGAACUAGGUGCGAAAUCAACUGGGACGAUUGCAAGCCCAAUUUGUGUUUAAAUGGCGGACGAUGCGUGGAUGGGGUAGACGCAUUCACAUGUGACUGCAAGGGUACAGGAUACGGUGGUACUCUGUGCCAAAACAAUAUCGAUGAGUGCCUUAUCAAUCCUUGUCUGAACGGGGGAACCUGUUUCGACACAUAUGGAUCUUAUCUUUGCGAAUGUCCAACGGGAUUCACCGGAGCCAACUGCCAGCUGAGUAUCAACGAAUGCAAGUCCCAGCCCUGUCAACACGGUGGAACCUGCAUCGACACUCAGGAGGGCUUCGAAUGCCGAUGCCUUCCGGGUUAUUCUGGACUAUACUGCGAGCUUGAACCGGGCUGUGGCCAGUGCCCAAUCGAUUCGGAUUGCAUCGCUGGACGAUGUGUUUGCAAACCAGGUACCACAGGCUUGGUAGGCAACUGCGUUGAGCAGCAAGCCGCCGGCACUAGCACGAUCGCCCAAAAAACGGCCUCCAAUGCAUGUUCAGAGUAUUGCUUCAACGGAGCCAGCUGCGUGCUUGCCAACUCCGCCGGCCUUCGGAUCGCUAGUGCCAACAGCAGAAAUUUCACUUGCAUUUGCGCUACCGGAUUCACAGGUUCCCGUUGCGAGUCCCCGAUCGCUUUGCCCUACUCGGAUGAGUGCAACUGCCUCAACGGGGGAAGUUGCACCCCGAACAGCUCCACCUGCAUCUGCCCGCAAGGUUACGAUGGCGCACGCUGUGAACAGGUGGUUGUUUGCUCUGCGACCAACUGCCAGGAACCGUUCCGCUGCAUCGCAGGGAAGUGUCAAUGCCCCGAUAAUACCAACUGUGAAAAUGUGUGUGCACCGAACCCGUGUCUGCAUAAUGGUUCGUGUUACCCUCAGGGACAGGACUACAUCUGCAAGUGUCCUCCCGGGUACGAAGGCAAACGGUGUGAAAACGACGUCGACGAGUGUAAAAUUAAGGAUAAGAUCUGUGUGAACGGCAUCUGUCAGAACACGCCCGGAUCGUUUAGGUGUUUCUGUACGCCGGGCUAUACCGGUUUGAACUGUGAUCUGGAUGUGGACGAGUGCUUAAGCCAUCCGUGCAAGAACAACGCUCAGUGUGUGAACAAGGAGAACGAUUUCGAGUGUAUAUGCCCUCCGGGAUAUAGCGGCAAGGAUUGUAGCACAGAUAUCGAUGAGUGCGAGAGUAAUCCCUGUACGAAAGGGUCAACGUGUCGCGAUCGAGUGGCGAAUUUUACGUGCGUUUGUAUUCCGGGAAUGACUGGGCGUCUGUGCGAGAUCGACAUUGAUGAUUGUGAGUCCGCACCCUGCCAGAAUGGAGGUCGCUGCAUCGACCAGCUGGGUGGUUUCCUGUGCGAUUGCAACCAGACUGGAUUCUCCGGGUCCUACUGCCAGCACAACAUCAACGAGUGUGACUCGAACCCGUGCUCCAACGGGGCCGAGUGCGUCGAUAAAAUCAACGACUACCAGUGCAAGUGCUAUCCUGGCUACACCGGUAAAAACUGCGAGGAGGACAUUGACGAGUGCGAAUCGAAUCCGUGUCAGCACUCCGGGAAGUGUUUGCAGCGAUCGAACGUCACGCUGUACUAUCUGAAUAACUACACCAAAAAUUUGCCGGCGAUAUUCUCGCAACAGUUUUCAUUCGAGAAUGCCAGUGGGUAUGAGUGCAUUUGUGUUCCCGGUACGAUGGGCAAGAAUUGCGAGAUCAAUAUCAACGAGUGCGACAGCAGUCCUUGUAAGAAUGGCAACUGUCUCGACGGAAUUGGAAACUAUACGUGCGAGUGCGAACCGGGCUUCGAAGGCGCACACUGUGAAACGGAUAUUGACGAGUGCUUGAAGUACAAACCGUGCGUCCAUGGAACAUGCUUGGAUGGUCGAAACAACUACAACUGUGAUUGUGAUGAAUUGUGGGGAGGGAAGAAUUGUUCGGUGAGACUAACAGGUUGCGUCAACCAACCAUGUUUAAAUGGAGGGGGAUGCAUACCCUAUCUGGAAAACGAAACGCAACAUAAGUUUAACUGUUCGUGUAAGCAGGGUUUCCAGGGAAUGACUUGUGAUACGGUUACAACGAUGUCUCUGGCUGCCAGUAGUUUACUCAUCGUGAAUACUUCGCGAGAUGAAGGUUACGACAUACAACUAAGAUUUAAGACAACUUUACCAAAUGGAAUCUUGGCAUUCGGUAACGGAGCUACCUCAUACAUUUUGGUUCUAAACAAUGGUCGACUGAACCUGCACUCAGCUUUACUGAAUAGGUGGGAAGGCGUUUAUAUAGGAUCUGGGCUUAACGACAGUAAAUGGCAGAAAGUGUUUGUUGCGAUCAACUCAUCGCAUUUGGUCUUAUCAGCCAAUGAAGAGCAGACGAUUUAUCCAAUCAAUUCAUAUGAGGGAACAAAUGGCAGCAACACAUCGUUCCCCAUCACGUAUUUGGGAGGUACCACUCCGACACUUGCUCAACCUUAUCUGAAACACAUAGCCAGGGCAGUUUCAAGCUUUGUCGGUUGCAUGGAAGAUGUCGUUAUCAACGGCCAGUGGGUCCUUCCUGGCAAAGAACAAGAAUUCACAACACUGCACAACAUCGACACUGGAUGUCCGAGAACUCCUCAGUGCGAGCCAAACCCUUGCAACUCCAAUGGACACUGUACCGACCUGUGGCAUACCUUCUCCUGCAGCUGUCAGCGGCCCCACCUUGGGCACACUUGCAAGUAUAAUAUCACGGCAGCAACCUUCGGACAUGAAAACACCACCCGAUCUGCGGUUAAGGUCAUCGUAAGCGACACAGCUAGACGCGCUAUUCGUACGGUGUUGGAUAUUUCAAUGUUCAUCCGAACACGGCAAGCUGCAGGAACCAUAUUCUAUUUGGGUAGUGAUCCCAACAUGAACAGUACACCAGGAGAUGACUCGUACGUAGCCGCUUUCCUGUCCAAGGGAGAACUGUUGGUGCGAAUGAUCUUCAAUGAUACACCAGAAGGAUAUACGGUCGGCGGUAAUAAAUUGGACGAUGGAUAUCUGCAUUUGAUAGAAGUUAUUCGGAACUCGACACUGGUGCAGGUCAAACUGAAUGGAACGGAGUACUUCCGAAAGACACUUUCUUCUUCUGGACAAUUAAACGCUCAAGUAUUGUACCUGGGUGGUCCUCCGCCGUAUGCCGAUUCCAUUUAUAGCUUGUAUAAGGAUGAAUCGGAGAAACAGCCUUUCAAAGGCAUCAUUCAGGACGUCCAGGUGUCUAACUGGUCACACUCCAUGAUCGUCGAACUGUAUCCACUGAACGAAGACGGUCUGGUUCUGCCACCUCCAUUCGGUGAAGUGACCAUCGAUCGUACCUCGGUUCUGGAGGGUGUCGUCACGGACGACCUGUGCCGAACUCAGCCCUGCAAGCACGACGCCAUUUGCGCCAACACAUGGAACGAUUUCGUAUGUACCUGCCCGCGAGGAUAUAAGGGCAAGCUCUGCCAGGAGAUCCAGUUCUGCGAACUGCAAAAGUGUCCGUCGAACGCCACGUGCCAAAAUUUGGACACCGGCUACGAGUGCAUCUCCAAUAUGACCUUCCACGACGACAACGAGCCGCUCAAAUUUGUCUUCAACGCGGGUGGCGACCAGCAGCCGUACACCAAGGACACCAACAUGGACACCAUUGAGAUCUCCUAUCGGACCAAAUUCGGAGGAACGCUGCUGUACGUGCAGGAGAGCGAUAUGUACUUUGAGAUUUCGACAAUCAACAAGUUGGUUACCAUCUCCUGGAAGCUGACGCUGGAUUUACCACUGAACAAUCGAUUUGAGUACGACGAGGACGAUAACUAUGGCUGGCAUACGAUUUUCAUCAAGGUUUCAAACAAUGGCAAACUGGAAGCCGGUUGGAAGGGCUGGGAAACGAUGCUCGACCCGCAGCCUCCAAUUUCGGUAGACAUCGACUACUUGGCGUACAAACAUCUGUUCUCGGGGAAGCACUACAUUUAUUUGGGCGGUAUGCCUGCCAUGUCGCACAUCGAGAAUAAUUCAAUCGUCAAUGGGGGAAUCGACAAAGGCUCCACAUUCAAGGGAUGUCUCGGUGAGACAAGAGUCGGCGGGUAUUUGCUUCCAUAUUUCCCACAUGAGGUCAUCUACCCGGACACGUUCCAGUUCACGGGACCACACUUCCAUCUGAACUCCAGCACCCCGGAAGAAGGUUGUAUUCUGUGUUUCCAACAGUCCUGCAAAAAUGGAGGUGUUUGUAGCAAUCCAUCGGAGAAGUACGCUUGCGAUUGCCCCGCCGGGUACGAUAGUGACGACUGUUCACAGAACAUCGACGAAUGUCUUACGGCGAACUGUACGAACAAUUCGACCUGUAUUGAUGGAGUGGCCAGUUUCACCUGCCGGUGUCUCGAGGGAUACGAAGGCGAUUUGUGUGAGUUCGAAAUCGACGAGUGCAUGUCAAAUCCCUGCCGAAAUGGCGGGUCCUGUACGGAUCUUGUGGCUGGGUUCUCCUGCGAAUGUACCGAAGAGUACGCCGGCCCACAGUGCGAAGUGUUCCGAUUGGUAACUUGCGAGAAUGUACCCUGCAAGAACGGCUCGAUCUGUUUCGAUGGAUUCAAUUCUACCACAGGCAACAACUUUACAUGUUCCUGCAAAAAUGGAUUCUCCGGACCAUUAUGCGAUAUUCCAUUUUGUCAAGUGGAGGAGUGCCAAAACAGUGCGAUUUGCAUGACGAACGACGACAAUAUUCCGGUGUGUCGCUGCAUACCCGGCUACACCGGACGACUGUGCGAAAUCGAAAUCGACGAGUGUGAAUCGAUGCCCUGCUUCAACGGCGGACGGUGCAUCGAUUUCAUCAACGACUACAAGUGCAACUGCACCGGUACGGGCUUCGAGGGGAAGAACUGCGAGGUGGACAUCGACGAGUGCUAUGAGCUGCGGAUCAACUGCGGUGGCCGAGGGUCCUGCAUCAACACCAGGGGGUCGUUCAAGUGUCAAUGCGACGAAGGAAUGUGCGGAAAGGAAUGCGCUCAGGUUGACCCCUGCAUACAGAAUCCGAACGUUUGUCAAAAUGGCGGUGUAUGCAUCGAAGAUUGUGACAAAGAACACCGUUACUACUGUAACUGUACGGUCGGAUUCACUGGGAUCAACUGUUCCGAGCAGGACGGCGAGAAUCGGGUCACAGAAUUAACCUCCUAUAUGGAUACGGUGUAUUACUAUGUCGAUAAGAUUGUGGCUACACUGGAAGCUGAGGGAACAACCGGUGCGGACAUCGCUCUCAUCGUGGUACCGGUGGUGAUCGGUAUCCUGGCGAUAGCGGGCGCUCUGUUCGGUGCAUUCCUGGUGACGGCGCGUAACAAACGGGCCACCAGAGGAACGUACAGUCCCAGCGCCCAGGAGUACUGCAACCCAAGACUGGAAAUGGACAACGUCCUGAAACCACCACCCGAGGAGCGACUCAUCUAGACCAAAUUGGUUCUCUCGUAUGUUUCCUUGUUGUACCUUUUAGAUAUUUUGUAAACAUUGUUUUGUCGAGUUGCGAACAGACCUGGGAGAUUCGUUAUCUCCUUCCAAUAGGUACAGGGCACACAACACACACACCGUUCCGGGUAUCGUUUGUAGAUAUGUGGAAAUAUUAUGAUCUUGUUGAAAGCGCGUGCCCAUCCGUUUGUUGGUUACAUUAUAUUGUGAAUAGAAACAAAUCUUUUACUCAAUGUAGGCUUAGGGAUGAAACUAACUUAAUCAAUCCACUUGGGUUGACUAAACUGCAUCUGGCCCGACUUCCCAAUUGAUGAUACAAUUUGGAAAUUAGUUGGUCAAACUGAGAAACACUCGAACAAAUUAAAGUCGCGGGAGAAAAAAUCAUUUUAACUAUUACUUAAAGAAGACAUAUUGUGAUAUAAAUCCUACCCCCUAGAUGCAGAUUGAUAAGAAUGGAAAUAUUUUAACAUGAAACACAGCACUUUCUUCGGGAGCAUGAAUCUUUUAAUUGAAACCUUAGCCUAGGAUACAAAAAACAUUCCUUAGAGCCUUGUAGGACAUCUACAAACUCCGUCCAUUAGUCUAUGACUCUAGUAAGCAUGUCUGAUCACAUCUAAAUUCAAGUGCCGUAUUUUCCUUUCGAUAACAGUCGCACUGACUACUAACUCUACUUCAUUAAAUUUCGGGUCGUUUUAAAUUAUAAUUAAAAUUAAAAUUACGUCAAAAAGCUUUUUGAUCGCAUUUGUUUCCGCUAUGGAUUGAAGGCAGUUCUGCUAAUAUCGGCACCAAUCGAUUUUCAAGCGAAAAAAUAUAGGUAUUUGUCAACGCAGGCUGAUUAAAAAACUAUCACCAUAACUAACACAAUUCAUUUCAAUAAACGCGAUACAUUCCAUUUCACCAAUUAUUUAUGUUUAAAACGUGCUGCUGCCGACUGACAUCGCUUUGAGACCUACGAUAAUAAUUUUAAAAACUGUCUUUUAGUGUAAGCGAUUCAUGCAUGAUUUAGUCCGAAAGAAAAACAAAAGGCUAGAAGCAGUAAAUCAAGUAUGACCAUAAGAUAGGUAUAACCAGGCACCACUGCCGGUUUGCUUCUGUUUAUUGGCGAAAUGACCAGAAAAAAGCUAUCUAAACCUUCAUCUUUUUUUUUUCGACGUUUAGAGAAAACGAAAGAAGCCUAUUUUGUAAAGUAGAUCUUAGAGCGAAUAUUUUUAGAUCUAUGCCUGCGUCGUUGCUAGGAUAAUGUAAAAUAAAACAGAUAUUUAAACAAACAAA